AUGGGUUCGAGGGACGUAGAGCAGGACGAAAUCACGGUGCUUGUCACCGGCUUCGGUCCCUUCAAAGAGCAAUAUCCUCAGAAUCCAUCAUGGGAAAUCGCUCAUCAGCUACCCGAUUACCUGCCGCCGGUGCGCGCCAAAGUCCCGGGUGCCGCCGCCUCGGCGAUACCCCUCCCACCCGUCCGGAUCAUCGUGCAUCCAGCACCAGUGCGAGUCAAUUACCAAGUCGUGCGCUCGCUCGUUCCGGCACUCUGGGAUCCCAGCUAUGCGGGUCGCAAGAUUGACUAUGUGGUCCACAUCGGCAUGGCUGGCCCCCGCCUGUUCUAUGCGCUUGAGCGGCAGGGACACCGUGACGGGUACAACAUGAAGGAUGUCGAUGGUGAGCUACUGCGGGACGACAAGCGCAGAGAGGAAGAGGGUAAAGACUGGGUAUGGUAUGGCACGCCGCCGACGAUUGAGACCGACCUAGAUACCGAUGACAUCAUGAAGAGGUGGCAGAAAUAUAGUCCUGACGGUGCGGACCUUCGCCUCUCGACUGAUGCUGGUCAUUAUUUGUGUGACUUCAUAUACUUCUCGAGUCUUGCCCAUCUUUGGAAAGCACAAGAUCACAAGAGAGUUGUUUUCCUGCACGUCCCUGCCGAUGCGUCAGAUGGUGCAGUGAGAACUGGCAAGGAGCUCAUGGUUCAGCUGAUCAGGUCAAUCGUCGAAAGUGAGUUAACCAAGAAUGCACGAGCUCAAUGA